ACAGUUCAGGUCUCGGUUCAUUCCACUCGGCCCUCGGUCGUUGCGAGACCGAAAACAAGGGGACCAAAAACAGAGAAAAAUCGAGAGAACCCUAGCUAGCAUGGCGACCGGCGACGAGGCGGAGACGGCGGCGCCGGCAUCGGAGGAGGCGAGGGACUGGUCCGACAUGACGCCGGUGUGCCUCGCCGAAGCGUUCUCGCGGCUGGCGCUGGAGGACCUGUGGCGCGGCGCCAUGGCGUGCUGCCGCUCCUGGCGGGACGCCGCCCGCUCACGCCCGGGGCUCUUCGCUGUGCUCAACCUCGAGCCCGGGUUUGCUGAGUCCACACCCGGGGCCGAGGCGGCAGCGUGGUGGACGCCCGCCUUCCAGCGCCGCGCCGACGCGAUGCUACGCUCCGCCGCCACGCUCGCCGCGGGGGAGCUGUGUGAGAUCCGUGUCCGCCACUGCUCCGACGACGCGCUCGAAUUCGCCGCUGAGAGGUCUCUAAAACUUAGUAUCCUUUCCAUCAAAACUAGCCCGGCAAUAACUGAUCGAUCAAUGCUCACUGUCGGAGCGUGCUGCCCCAUGCUUACAGAAUUGGACAUCAGCAACUGCUAUGACGUUUCAUACAAGUCACUGGAGGUGAUUGGCCAGAGCUGCCAGAACCUCAGGGUCCUCAAGCGCAACAUAUUCAACUGGAUUGAUCCAUCAGAGCAUGUUGGAAUAGUUCCUGAGGACUACUUAAGAGAAUGCCCCGAAGAUGGUGACAGGGAAGCCAUUACAAUAUCCAAGUUCAUGCCAAAGCUGAAACAUCUUGAACUGAGGUUCUCAAAGUUGACCGCCGUCGGCCUCAACUCUAUCCCUGAAGGAUGCAAGGAUCUGGAGGUUCUGGACCUGUUUGGCUGCGCAAAUCUUACAAGCCGUGGAAUAGAUCAGGCUGCUGCUAAUCUGAAGAAUCUCGUGACGCUAGUGAAGCCCAACUUCUACAUACCUCGUUCCUCCUUCCACAUGGGGAGGUACGGCCACUGGCAGUUAUAUGACGAGAGAUUCCAGACAAAUGUAUUUCAGAUAUGAUUAUAGUCUAUUCGAGAUAUGAUUAUAGUUUCAGGCUACAGGAGGUCCCUUUGACCUAUAUGAUUAAGAUUGUGUGUAUGUGGGCGCAGAUAAUAGCAAUAAUGUGUGGUUUGAAUUGUUUCUCUGGAUAACAUUUUGUACAGAUGGUUAUGCUCCAGUUAUUUGAAUGUAACUUAUUGCCUAUAUAGGCUUGCAAGACAUGUUUUGGCAUUCUA